AUGUCAACUGAUGGAGGUUUCGACUUCUCACCUCAACUUGGCAGCCAUGCAGCGGAAGUCCAGGAGUCUGGUCCCUCUCACUUGUUUAUCCUGUCGCACGGGCUGUCGGGGACCUCCAAGGAUCUAUCUUUCCUAGCGAGGACGCUGAAAGCGUCAGGCGAGAAGUUCCUCGUGCACCUUCCAGCUGUCAACGAGCGACGAACGGGCGACGGGAUUCACAAGGGCGCCGCCAGAAUCGCUGAGGAGAUCAUCCAGCUGGUGACCUACAAGCCCUCCUUGAAGAAGAUCUCGAUGAUAGGGCACAGCCUCGGCGGGCUGUACCUGCGGUACUGCAUGGCGCUCCUAUGGGAGCUGCCGAUGGGGCAGGGAAAGGAGCAUGCAGGGAGAAUCUGCGGGCUGGAACCUGUCCACUUCGUCACCACAGCAACUCCGCACCUCGGGGACCCUCACGGUUUCUCCAACGCACACGCGCCCAAGUUGAUCAAGGAGUGGAUAGGAAAGACCAUGGGGAAGGUGCAGGAGGAGGAGGAGGAGGAGGUGGUGGUGGUGGUGGUGAUGGUGAUGGUGAUGGUGGAUGUGAAGAGCGUGCAAGAAAUCUUCUGGGAAGACAAGAGCUCCGAUUUCCCCCUCGUCCCUGCCAUGGCGCUGGACCCCGUCUUCCUCACUCCCCUGAGCUCCUUCCCAGUCCGAUACGCUCUUGCUGGGAUCUGGGGCGACCCGCUGGUUUCCUUCGAAGGCGCCCUGCUGGAGCUCAACACGGACGUAGCCAAGCAUCCCAAGAACGGCGUUCGAACCAAGAUCAUGUACACCUACGUCGCCCGGCAUCUCGAGGGCGCUGAGCACGUGUUGUACGAGCACCAAGUGAAGCCGGCGGAAGCUGCGGACGCCUCCGGGCUCGAGGAGAACUUGACGAGAAGUCUUGAGGAGUGGCAGCGCGGAGGUCAACAGCGAUGGAGCCCGUUGAUCCUCUUGAUGGCUGACUCGCUCAAUCGCUGCGGGUGGCUCCCCAUCAACCAUGCUAGGUUGUGCGCCAACGAAAAGCCUCUGUUCCGACCGAUUUCAUGGAUGUUGAGCGAUGGUCAAGCUAUCAUGCAGGACUUGGCGGUGAAACUUGUCGGCAAGGAGUGA